AUGUCUUCUACAGAUCCCACAGAUCACUCCUCCGGCCUCUCUGGCGACCCCCAAAAUGAUACUGCCGCCGCUCCGGUGACGAGCGCCGAGACCGCGGGGUCCAAGGCUGAAACGGAGCUCCUCAAGCUUGACAACCAUGUCGAAGACGAACAGCCCGUGCUGUCAGCGAAAGCAGCAGGUAAAAAACAAGCGACCGACGAUCUGAUCGACUUUGGCGAAGACGUCCCGGUCACGACGACCACCAAGGAAGAUGACACAAACGUGGGCGAUAAAUCUUCGAAGAAUCCGCCCAAGACUGUGUCCAAACCUGCUCCAGUGACCAUUCCGGAACCGAUGACUUCGUCGAUAGCGACUUUGAAGCCCACGAGCCCUCUCCCUGCCGAGACUGCCACACAGUUUCUUGCUAUCGAGUCCACGACAUAUGUCGACCCAACACCCCCAACUCCGCGGACAUCCCAGCCUCCCUCUCGAACCCCCUCAAAUGCCAAACGCCGGCCUACCUCUGCAUCCCCUACACGAUCUGAUGCUGGCUAUGACGAGCGCAGAUAUGCGAGCGAAGAUGAGCAAGAGAAUGGUUCGCGGUCCGAAAUCCAGAGUAUCAUGGAGCAGUUCACUGGCGACGGUGGGGGUCCUGGAGCGGAAGAAGUCAUGAGCCCAAGGCUGGAGAUUGCUUCACCUAUGUUAGGUAGCCCAGGCAUACAGCACCCACCCCGGAAGUCCAGCCUCGAGCCACUGGUACCGUCACUAUCUCACCAGGUGCAGGAGCUCCAAGGCCUCAGGAUACAAUCGGCCUCCCCAGCUAGCAUGUUCUCCAAAGAAAGAGCACCCGACGACCAAGGCCCGCCAGUGCCUCCAAAAGACGGGCCACCGGCGACACCAGCGCGGUCCCACGAUGAUCGGCAGAUGAGCAUCGACUCUCAGAUGUCUCCUGGCAUGCCCGUACAUCGGCCGCCACCCCCUGAACCCGAGCCAGAGCCGGCGCUGCCAUUCGACUUCCAUCGAUUCCUAGAACAACUACGAAAUAAGAAGGCGGACCCAGUCGCCAGAUACCUCAAGUCAUUUCUGUCAGAGUUUGGAAAGCGGCAGUGGAUGGUACACGAGCAAGUCAAAAUCAUUAGCGACUUCCUCGCCUUCAUUGCCAACAAGAUGGCGCAGUGUGAAGUGUGGCGAGACGUCUCCGACGCAGAGUUCGACAAUGCUCGUGAAGGAAUGGAGAAGCUGGUCAUGAACAGGCUCUACACACAAACGUUUUCACCGGCGAUCCCUCCCCCACAGCCUAUACCUGGAGCGAAGCCGAAAAGACGAGGCGGGGAGCGACCGAUGGGGCCUGGCCGGCGUGGCCAACACCAAGAGGACGUGGAACGAGACGAUAUCUUGACACAGAAGAUCAAUAUUUAUGCGUGGCUUCGGGAGGAGCACCUUGACAUACCGCCAGCCGGUGAUAGUGGCAAGCGAUUUCUGAAGCUCGCCCAGCAAGUCAUCUUCGGCCUGCUCAAACACUCAAAGUCGGACUCUUCAGCCGACUCGUUCAUGCCCCUCCUCAUCUAUGUUGUCCUUCAAGCCAACCCAGAACAUUUGGUGUCAAACGUUCAGUACAUAUUACGGUUCCGAAACCAGGAGAAGCUGGGUGGUGAAGCCGGAUACUACCUUUCAUCGCUGAUGGGUGCAAUUCAGUUUAUCGAGAAUAUGGACAGGACAACCUUAACCAUUACCGACGAAGAGUUUGAAACAAACGUCGAAGCAGCGGUAUCUGCGAUCGCCGAAAAACACCGCCUUGACUCGCCCGCUGUUGCUCAGGAACCCGUCUUCUCAGAGAAGUCAUCAACCGGGUACCAGACCGGAGAAUCUUCGACAAGGCCUUCCCUAGACAUCAUGGGAGAGUCGUCCACACCCCGUCGGUCGACGUCAUCAAACGAAGGCGGAAAAGAUUCAGACGACCAAGCUCCCAUUACGGGACUUCUCCGUUCUAUUCAGAAGCCUCUCAGCACAAUUGGCCGCAUGUUUUCGGAUGAGCCGUCUCCUGCGCCGCCUGUGCCUAGUAACGCAUCAAGACCGACGUCGAGGCCGCGAGAAUCCUCCGAGCGACUAUCCCCUAGACCAAGCGCCGAAAUAUCACCCGAUGGGCGGCCGCCGUCUUCCCGCCACCACUUGUCAGCGGAAGAAGCUGCAGCGAGGCAGGCAAGCGCUGAAGUUGCUGAAGCUCAGCGUUUGAGCAGGGUAGAGCACAAUAACGUUGUCGAGACCCUGCAAGGGAUGUUCCCCGAUCUUGACAGGGAGAUUAUUUCGGACGUGGUACACCAGAAACAGGGCAGAGUCGGGCAAGCUGUCGAUGCCUGCUUGGCCCUGUCUACUUGA